AGCGGCAGCAGCUCUGAUGAGGUCGCAGGAGUCUGACUCUUUCUCGCUUACAGAACAGCGGCGCACCGGCAGCUAUCGAGCGCAUCCGUGCCGGGAUACGAUAGGUUUCAUACGGGCAUUACUGACGGGGAGACUCGGCUGUAUUUAUCGCCAGUUGUAUUUUUUUAUAUUAGUGCUUUUAUUUGUGAUGCUCAUAUUCUCAAAGCGUUUUCUUGACGUUUUUAUAUAUGUGUAUAUUAGUAGUUGUAUGACAGUUGGGGUUGAUUGGAUGUUCACCCCAUAACCUUGAAUAGGCGGAUAGUUAAAGAAUAAAUUAUAUGCUAAUGUUAACCGCUCAGCUGCAAAACUCAGGUUGUUUAGUCAUUUAGGUGUAACUGGACAUUGUGAGAAGUUCUUCUUUAUUUCAAACAACGUCACAAAGCGGCAUUAGACAUGAUGAUGAACAUUGUCGUGGAGUUUUUCGUGGUCAUUCUCAAAAUUCUCUGGGCCAUCGUGAUGGCCGGACUCAAGUGGCUCAUACGGCCGAAGGAGAAGAGCGUAGCGGGGCAGGUGUGCUUGAUCACCGGGGCGGGCGGCGAACUCGGGCGGCUCUUCGCCAAGGAGUUCGCCCGGCGCCGGGCUACACUGGUGCUGUGGGACAUCAACAGCCACAGCAAUGAGGAAACUGCCGAGAUGGUGCGACAGAUCUACAGAGAGCAAGACAACCCGAUGACUAAAGAGGGAGCUGUUGGGGGUGUGGAAGAGGUCCCUCCGUUCCAGCCGCAGGUGUAUACGUAUGUGGUUGAUGUGGGCAAGAGGGAAAGCGUGUACUCCACAGCAGAGAAAGUGCGCAGGGAGGUCGGUGAAGUGGACUUGUUGAUCAACAACGCUGGUGUUGUGUCCGGCCACCACAUGCUGGAGUGCCCCGAUGAGUUGAUCGAGAGAACCAUGGUGGUGAACUGUCAUGCACACUUCUGGACCACCAAGGCAUUUCUUCCCAAGAUGCUAGAGAUGAACCAUGGCCACAUUGUGACAGUUGCCAGUUCACUGGGCCUUUUCAGCACAGCUGGUGUGGAGGAUUACUGCGCUAGCAAGUUCGGUGCCAUCGGCUUCCACGAGUCCCUGAGCCAUGAAAUCAAGGCUUCGGAGAAGGAUGGUAUCAAGAUGACGCUGGUGUGUCCUUACUUGGUGGACACGGGCAUGUUCCGAGGAUGCAGAAUAAGGAAAGAGAUCGAGCCAUUUCUUCCUCCAUUGAGACCGGAGUUCUGUGUGAAACAGUCCAUGAGGGCCAUCCUGACAGACCAGCCCAUGAUCUGCACGCCUCGCAUUGUAUACAUGGUCAACUUUAUGAAAAGCAUCUUGCCCUUCGAAGCAAUCGUGUGCAUGUACCGGUUCCUGGGUGCAGAUAAGUGCAUGUACCCCUUCCUGGCUCAGAGGAAAGAGGCGAUGAACAACAACGAGGCCAAGAAUGGGAUCUAGAGGGCACUGUUUCUAACCCACAAGGGUACAUUUCUAACCCGCAUGAGGAGAAGACCACUGAGAGGGCAGAAGGAAGUGAAAAGACUGUGUUUAGACUGGUGCACUUGCAUUUGGCAAAUGCAAAGGUUUACCAUAUUGUUCCUCUGGAACAAAGAAAGCUGUGUACUACACUAAGGAUUUAUUUGUUGAUAUGUUUUGUCUUUUUUUUUAAGGGUUGUUUAAUGAAACCAUCCAUCUAUAUACUGUGUCAAUAGUUUUGAAAUCAUACAUGUAAUUAACUAUUUACGUAAUGUAGUCACCAGCAUUAUAUAGCGUCUUUGUGAAACUAUACAGUAUGUUACUGUAUGAACAGUAAAUUCUUGUCACUUUUUUUUUUUGUUUGUGUGUAGACAUGCACUGUAUUUACUUUCCUCUACACUGCCGACAUUAUCUACACAGUUCAGCGUGGCACCAUGCCACUCCAUUUCCCAAUCUGAUCCAUUUAAAGGCAGCGGCAGGAGAUCAUGUGUCCGAAAGGGUCCAGCUGUGAACCAUGUGAUGUUUUAGAUGAAAUUUUUAGCAUCGUUUCCCCCACAUUUCUCUUUGUUGAUGUCAUGAGAAGUACAAGUGGGUAAAAUGCUGGUCUGUUUCCAGCUGCUGGUGGGAAGGGAGUCAUUUAUUUUUAUUUUUUUACUGUAUAAUCUACAGAGGAUUAUGAUAUAUGUAAAUGUAUGAGUUGGUCAAUCAGAAGAGAUGGCCUGGUUUUCUUCUGUCUCUGAACGUUAAAUUUAGUUUUACUUGGCCCAUUUUGAACUUGUGAAUUAACUGAAAAAACUAUUUCAUUUGUUUUGUUCUUUUUCAUAAUGGAUUCCGCGUGCCGUUUUUACAAUGAGUCAUUCACAUUUCAAAUUCAUGUAAUUACCAGUUUCAGUCAGUAACACACAAUGUUUUCAUUACAAUUUUUAUGUACACACACACACACAUUCAUUCAUUUAAUGUUUUUCCUUUUUGUGUAUUCAAACCUGGACCACUGAAAUGUUUUCGCAGAAGUAUGUUUAGGCAAAAAAGGCCAGCACACGAGUUUAAACUACAUUCCAAUAGGUGCCCUUCACCGACUGUGAUGAGCCUAAAAUCUCUACCUCUUCAUAUUUUUUUUUUCAUUCGUUAACAGUAUGACAUAAAUACUCUUUUUGUAACUUUCCUAAAGAGUGCUCUAUAGAGGAGCACACAACAUGGUUCCAAUGUUUAGUGUCUCUACCUAACUUAAAUUAAUAAAAUGAUUUAGAUUA